AAAAACUACCCUAGCCUAGUCUCCCAGCUAAACGUGCUUUCGAUAGAAGUGUAUUUUAACCAUCAUUUUCGUAUAUUUCUGGAGCAAUAUAAUCGCAGGCUGUCUCAAAAUUAAGCAGCCGCCGCAGACGGACUUGGGAGUCUUCUUAGUUGAUCUCCGUCCCGUGCACUGCCAACUCAACGCUCUCAAUGGUGAUUCCUCUAAUCGCUUGCUAGGCUGGCAGACAAAAAGACACAGCUUUGAUUAUUAGAUCGCUGGGACUCGUCACUGCAUCCAUUCUCAGAGUGUUCUUUUUCAACGAGCAGAGUAGCUGAGUUGUUAGCAUUUCCUAGAAGCCAAAGCAACCCGAAUACCGACUGGUGGCCACGUUUUGUCCAUCGCAUCCGGCCCAAAGUCUGGACUGGAGCUGGGCGAGGAGGCAUAGAACUGGGAACACGUCUGGGUCCGUGUAAUAUGCAAACUAGCGAGACGCUCUGCGAUAACUGUACAGAUAGGGAUUUUCCACAAACACAUACAGGCCAGCUUACAAAUUGCAGGCAGUGCUGCGAGGGGCUGCGAUUUAUGAGGACCGACAAAUCAGGCACGAUCCUCCCGAUCUCAGGUAAUCUGGCCCAACCUGCGAAAGUUGUAAAAAUUUAAGCGUCAGCAGCUGUGCGGCAAAGGAUUAGCGGUUGCCCAACUUUCGGAUAAGGAUAAGGAAUCGCGACACCAGCAGCACAUUCAAACGACAGCAGCCUUCAAGGAAGCAUCAUCGCACCAAACACCCAAAGACAAUUCCAAAGAAAUCAUUCUUAGAAAACAUACCUAUUUUUCAACAAGGACAGUGAAAAUUAAUUAAAUUGCCAGUAUGUCGCAAAUGCACAACACCGCCUUCUACAAAUCCGCUCUGGAUGCCCAGCAAGUUGCAUUGCCACCAGUAGAGGAUCGGGAGCCAAACUACAUUGACAACCUACACAUCAUAUUCUUCGAGCAAAUUUUCGAGGCCAUCGACAACUUAAGUGACCAGGUCAGGAUGGCACGAGCCUAUCCCCAGUUCGUUCCCCAGAUCCUCAAGAUCUGGCAGAAGCACCUAAACUGCAUCGUGGGACCAAACACCGCAUUCCUAGGACUCCUGGACAUCGAGGACUACGUAUUCUUCAUGGAGCACAUGGCCGAGCUCUUCACCGAGAUGCACGUUAGCGAGGACGGUGUCGGACCCUUUGCCGAAUUCUACGAUUACAUCACACACUUGUGCGACAUCAACAUCACCCGAUUCCCACAAGUGGAGACCUGCAUCAUGGCAGGAAACCCAAACACAGUUGUCGAUGAUGACAUCAGGGAUCUGACAGUUAUGCUGCCAAACCUGAAGUGCCUCAUGACCUGCAUGAAUCUUUCCGGCGUCUACAUACGGGGAUUCAGAAAGCUAGAGGAACUCAUUUUCAACUCCCUGUACCACUCGGUGCCCCUGGACAGCCGCUGGAUGCAGGAGAUCUGCCUGAACAUGACAACACUGAAGGUGCUCGACAUCACCGAUCAAUUCGACAGCCAAGUGCGCCUCACCGACAUCAAGCUGCCCAACCUGGAAGUCCUGAAGAUCAAUCUCAGCAGCGUGGAAUGCAUCGUAUCACAGGUCCUUCAAUUGCCAAAACUAAAGAAGCUGUCAGUGCGCUUCGACGAUUCCCGCCAGUUGAAUGCCGACCAGGAGACCAUCUUCCAGCAAAUCGUGGUGGCCAAGAGCGAGAAUAUCACCAGGAUUGCCCUAAACAACGAAGUCGUCCAGUUACCCUGCCGCUGGCAGCACAGCCUGGUCUUGGAGUUACCGAAGCUGAGGAAGCUGGUGUGCGAGAACUGGUACCACGAUGAAUUCUUCCUGGAUCGCCGUCACAUUCCCUGCCACCAGAUGGAAGUGCUCAGCUUCACCGGCUGGGAGAUCGUCCGCGAAACCCAGCUCCUCGAUAUGGUCGCCCAGUGCCCCCAACUGAAGCACUUGGCUCUGAACGGCUACCACUGCAGCUGGGAGAAGCUCACCAAGCUGCUGAACAUCCGCAACCAGGAGAAGAAUCCCCCACCACUGGAGGUAUUCAGCGAACUCAUGUGGGCCAACUUCACACCCGCCGAGUACCACCACUGGUUGGCCAACAAGUACGUCCAAGUCACCUGUGAUAACUCGGAAUACGAAUACCAGGAAGAAGGCUUCGAGUUCGAUUUUGAGUAAACCCUUUGCUCGGACACGGCAGAUUGUAAAUACACGGAUUAAUAUUGAUAAAGGAAUUCUAAUUUUCAUCACUUAUUGUAAUGUUUGUAAAUAUUCAGAAAUAUUAUUAAAUAAAUUCAACGCACUUGCAAAAUC